ACAUGACGUUACUUCCGGGUUUGUGAAAUGGCGACGUUCAUGUUGUAAACACAAGUCGAAAGCCACGAUUCCAGUCUACGUCUCUAAACUUAUCUAAUUUUGGUGAUCCUGUCAAGCCAGUGACCCCAUCACCGUAAUCAUGCCGGAGGAAGAAGAGGCAGCGACGGCUGCGACCAGCGCCGAUGGGGUGGUGGGUCUGGAAGAACCCAAGAAGAUGACCAGAGAGGAUUGGAGGAAGAAGAAGGAGUUAGAGGAGCAGAGAAAACUGGGAAAUGCUCCUGCUGAGGUAGAUGAAGAGGGAAAGGACAUCAACCCUCACAUUCCCCAGUACAUCUCCUCAGUGCCCUGGUACAUCGACCCCUCUAAGAGACCCACCUUAAAGCACCAGAGGCCCCAGGAGGAGAGGCAACAACAGUUCUCCUCCAUCGAGGAGUGGUACAAGAGAGGGGUGCAAGAGAAAGCCAUCAGCACCAAGUUCAGGAAGGGAGCUUGUGAUAACUGCGGUGCCAUGACACACAAGAAGAAGGACUGCUUGGAGCGGCCCAGAAAGGUGGGGGCAAAGUUCACAGGUAACGGCAUGGCCCCCGACGAACACAGCCAGAUCUCUCUGGAUCUGGACUACGAUGGGAAGAGGGACCGCUGGAACGGCUACGACCCUGAGGAUCACAUGCGUAUUGUGGAGGAGUACGCCAAAGUAGACCAGGCCAAACAAACACUGAAAUCUCAGAAACUCCAUGAGGAGUUGGCUUCAGGGAAACUCACGGACCAAGCAAGCUCCUCAAGAAAGUGGGAUGAUGGCGAACGCACACAGGAGCAAAACAGUGAGGAUGAAGAUGAAGAUAAGUACGCAGAUGACAUCGACAUGCCGGGACAGAACUUUGACUCCAAGAGACGAAUCACAGUCAGAAACCUGCGUAUCAGAGAAGAUAUCGCUAAGUACUUGAGAAAUCUGGAUCCAGACUCGGCUUACUACGACCCUAAGACUCGAGCCAUGAGAGAGAACCCCUACCAGAAUACUGGCAUGGUUCCUGAAGAUGUGGGGUUCGCAGGAGACAACUUUGUUCGUUACUCUGGAGACACCGUCACCAUGGCACAGACACAGCUCUUUGCGUGGGAGGCCUAUGAUAAGGGCUCUGAGGUGCACCUCCAGGCCGACCCCACCAAGCUGGAGCUGCUGCACCAGUCCUUCAAGGUCAAGAAGGAGGAUUUCAAGGACAAACAGAAGGAGACGAUCCUGGAUAAGUACGGGGGUGAGGAGCACCUGGACGCCCCCCCCAGAGAGCUGUUGCUGGCCCAGACUGAGGACUACGUGGAGUACAGUCGACACGGUGCCGUGCUAAAGGGACAGGAGAAGGCCGUGGCACGCUCCAAAUACGAAGAGGACGUACUCAUCCAGAACCACGCGUGUAUCUGGGGGUCGUACUGGAGAGAAGGCUGCUGGGGCUUCAAGUGCUGCCACUCCAUGGUCAAACAGAGCUACUGCACCGGAGAGGCUGGCAUCAAAACUACGGGCUCCUCGGCCUGUGUUCCGUUUGAAGAGGGACUUGAGCAGGAGGAAGAGGAGGAGCCUAAGACUCUACUGGAGAUGCACAGGGAGAAACUUAAAGAGAAGAAGAAGAAGAAGAAGAAGCAGAAGAAGAAAAAGCACGGCUCAGACAGCAGCGACUCUGAGGAAGAUGAGGAGAAGAAGAAACAGAAACUGAACAAGGCCCUGGCCGCAGAGGACAUGCGUCUGAAGCAGGUAGAAGAGAUGAUGAAAGUGGAUGAGAGGAAGAGGAAGUACAACAGCCUGCAGGAGAUCAAGGAGCCCACGGAGGAGGAGAUGGAGGCCUUUAGGAUGAAACGCUCCAGGGAAGACGACCCCAUGGCCAACUUCCUGGAGCUGGGGCAGUGAUGAGAGGGAUAGUGACAACCCCAUACUCUACGCUCGCCCCUACCUACAGUAUACCAUCUCCUCCCACCCCUGUGCCCCUUCUCCUCCCACCCCUGUACCCUCUCCUAUACCCCUACCCCCUGUACCCCUCUCCUCCUACCUCUACCCUAUCCUCUCUUCCUACCUCUACCCCUACCCUCUCCUAAACGCCUCUCCUCCUACCUCUACCCUAUCCUCUACCCCUACCCUCUCCUAUACCCCUCUCCUCCUACCUCUACCCUACCCUCUCCUCCUACCCCUAUCCUCUCCUCCUACCUCUACCCUCUGCUAUACCCCUCUCCUCCUACCUCUACCCCCCUAUCCUCUCCUAUACCCCUACCCUCUCCUUCUAUCACACUCUGGAACCCAACCUGUUCUUUGCUUAAUGUUCUUACUCUUCAAGAUCAUGGUUGUCUUUUUAUUAUUAAGUCUAUCAAUGUGGUAGAAUGUUAUUUUCUUUCAUAUUUGUACCUUUAGAGUGCAUUUUGAGCUUUCAGAUGACCGUUUAUCCAAUAAAAAGCAUGACUUCC